ACGAAAAUGCCUUCGAGUUUUGACAAUGUGAUCCAUUUUUUUCCUUUCAUAUUUUGCUCUCAUUUUUUUUCACUUACUCUUUCAAAUGAGUUCCAGAUCAACUACGAAGAUACGGCUGUAGCUGAAACAACAGUAGGUACUUGCAUUGAAACUACAGAAUUGAUACACAGGCAUUGGUUGUCAACUCUUGGAGAGAUAUUUUAACUGGACAUGGUGAGGAUAAAGAACAGGUAUUUCCUAUGCGAGUUGGUGUUUGAGGAUGCCAUCUGGCGAGCUUUGGCAGUCAAUAAUCAGCAUCUGUACAAUGCCGUCAAAGACGCCGUCAGGCAGAUCCACGGAGACUAUGGUGCAGCCGCCAUAGCAUGGGGAUUAAAUGUGAAGUACUUGAACCCUGACACAGGCGUCAUGAUGAUUCGAGUCCGACGCCAAAACCAGAAGAUUCUCAGUACGACGUUACCGUUCAUCAAAUCGGUGGCCAGUUUCCCUGUCACAAUGCGAACAUUACACAUAUCAGGAACUAUCCGAUCCUGCCAGAAAUUUCUGGUCAAGUACAACAGACGACAGCUGGUGGUCCUACUCAGGCAAUGCAGAACAAAGGAGGAGAGGCAGAAAGUUCGGGAGUCGAUUCGUCGAUGCACCCUGGAGCAGGAGGAGGAGGAGUUUGGAGACGGUGCCUUGGAGGACACAUAGUGAACACCCGAUUAUUACUAUGGACCAAAUCAAAACACUACUCUGUGCCGAUAUAAUAAUAAUAAUAAUUGUGAAGGCUGGUCGUCCUUUCUUGCAGCUGAGAAGCUGAAUUGCAAAGGAUGCGGCUAUAACGUGGUCGAACCUAUGCGUUAUAACCACC